UCACCACGAGAACUGCUCAAUGUAACGGGAUGCUACUGUGAUUUUACCGUAUACCCGCCAGCCAGCUGAUUCCCAUAGGGCAGCAGCGCAGGGCAUCGCCGUAGUUCACCACGAGUCUAAGCCGUUUUUGUUCGCAUUGUGGCGUCUGAGGGAGUUUCCUUCGCGCUGGAACUGGCCUACCUUAGUUUACUUGCCACGAUGCUCACAGCUAAGAUCCCUGCUACGUGACAUCCCAAAGGAAAGGAUAAGCUACCCAUUUAAGGUAUGCUGCAGGUAUUGCACGCGGAGGUUGAUGUGUUUAUAAAAGUGCUUACCUCGCAGAAGUUUCUCACUCAUAUCUCCAACCCUCCUCCUCUUCAUCUUCUUGGCAGUACCUCCCAGUCGUUGAUCCCUUCACCUGACCCACUGUACAAAGUUACGAGCUCUGUCGAUCUCACACCACCUACAAUCAUGGCCCUCAAGACCCUCCUCCUCGCCCUCGGUGCCGCCAACUUUGCAUCCGCUCACUUUGGCCUCGCCUACCCGUCAUGGCGCGCUGAUACCCUCAGCGGGACAAACCUGACGGGCUACUCACAGUGGACCUACCCAUGUGCCGGCGUCCCCUACGGCAGAGGCAACGUGACAGACUGGCCUCUCGACGGCGGCUCCAUCGAGCUUGACCUGCACCAUGACUGGACGUACGUCUUCAUCAACCUCGGCAUCGAGUCCGGCGGCAACGUCACAACGCACAACAUCACCCUCACCCCCGAGUUCUGGAACGCCACCGGCUCAGGCACUCUCUGUGUCGAGAAGCUUGCGCUGCCGACGCCCGCAAAGGACGGUCAAAAGGGAAGUAUCCAGGUCGUGACUGUCGGCGAGUCUGGGUCUGGCCUUUACAACUGCGCCGAUAUCCGCUUCACCUCGAAUGCGACCACCCUUCCCUCGGAUCAGUGCAAGACCGAGGGCGUGACGGUUCAGACCAUCCAGGAGCAGAGCGCCAACGGGACCAACGGCACCAGCGGGAACAGCACCGGCAACUCCACCUCCGGCAGCGGUUCCAGCGGCGCAGCGGGCAGCGGAGCUCACAUGCUCGCCCUCUCAUCCGUCGUCGGACUUAGCAUGGCAUUUGUCUUCGGCAUGAGCCUGUAAAGCUUUGCACUGGCCGUGGAGGACGAGACGGGCAGGUAAAGGUAAUGUCUUCAUUAGACAUACAUCACGGUGGAGGGGGAACAGCAUGAGAAAUGCGUUUGUGCUUCUAAUGUACAUGGAUGCUUGAUACCAGUUCAUCCUCUGGAUAACCGACAUGAUAAUGAAUAGGAAAAUCCUGAAAAAAAAAAUGCUAUGCUCAGGU